AUGCUGCGGCUUAUCGUGCAGUCGGCCAAGAUUAGCCCACCCCUAAGCCCCCCACCCAGGCCCUGCGUGUCCGUGUACUUCAGAGAUGUCAAGAGGACAACUCGUGAGGUGGAAGGCAAUCACCCCGUGUGGAAUGAGACGCUCAUCUGGCACCUCUGGAACCACCCCCUGCAGAAGGACUCUUUCCUGCAAAUCACCCUUCGAGACAUGGCCUCAAUGAAGAAGGAAAGGUUCAUUGGCAUGGCCACAGUACUGCUCAAGCCCUUGGUGAAAAAACCAAGAAAGAUCCUUUUUGUGAAUGACCUAACCCUGCUCAACCAUUCCAUGAUGACCACAGAGUGCACUGUCACAUUAGAGGCGGCCCUUAUGACCUACAAGGACAUCGAGAAGAUCGGCGAUGAAGACCUCCUGGCCAUAACAGCUCAAGAGGUGGCCAAGCAGAAGCUGAUGUUUCCCAGUGCCACAGUGCACAAGGCUCUGUCCCCAAAGCCUCAGCACUUCCAGGUCCGCGUGCAGCUGUUUGAAGCCCGGCAGCUGAUGGGCAACGACAUCAAGCCAGUGGUGAAGGUGGUCAUUGGGGGCCACCAGCACCACUCACGGAUCAAGAUGGGGAACAACCCUUUCUUCAAUGAGAUCUUCUUCCAGAAUUUUUAUGAGGCUCCCAUGAAGUUCUUCGAUGAGAUUAUCUUAAUCCAGGUGAUGAAUUCCUCACUGAUGAGAUUCAGUGCAGAGAUCGGGAGAUUCCAAACAGAUAUUGGGUUCAUCUACAACUGUCCAGGUCACACACUCCUGAGGAAAUGGCUUGGCCUCUGCCAGCCAAACGAACCCAACAGUGGUGUGAGAGGCUACCUGAAAGUCACCAUCUGUGCCCUCGGUGUGGGAGACCAGGCACCGGUCGAUAAAAAACUGAUCUAUAGGGUUGACGACACGGACACCCGGAUCUUCAAGUCGUCGGUGGUGCCCAUCAGCAUAGCCUACUUACAGUUCUUCAUCUACUGUGCCGAGGACCUCCACCUCAAGAAACACUAUUCUGUGAGUCCUGCGUUGGAGGUGGAACUAAUUGGGGAAAAGCUCAAGACAAAUGUGCAGAUCCAAACCGAGAGCCCGAUAUGGAACCAGAUCCUGACCUUCCAGAUUCAGCUUCCCUGCCUCUCCAGCUACGUCAAGUUCAGAGUCUUGGACUGCCCCAGGAACAGGUGCAAUGAUGAGAUCGGGACGGUCAGCCUGUACCUCAACCAGAUCUCGUCCACUGGAGCCGAAAUAGAAGGAAUGUACUCUGGCUUCCUACCCUGCUUUGGCCCCAGCUUCUUGACUCUCCGUGGGGGUAAAAAGGCCCCUUUCAGGAUGAAGGAAGAAGACCCUAAUAUUCCCAACAUUGUCAAGGAUGGUUUAGCUUAUCGAGGCCGGGUCUUCCUGGAGUUAAUCACCCACGUCAAAUCCCGUCAAGAAGCUAAGAUGAAGGAUCUCUCCCUAGAUGUGAUCAGCGUAGAGAAACACCAGAACCGACAGAAGUAUGGGCUGUGCGUCAUCUUCCUUUCCUGUACCAUGAUGCCUGACUUUAAGGACCUGAUCCAAUUUGAAGUCAGCAUUGGUCACUAUGGAAACAAGAUGGAUCUGAGUUACAAGCCUCUCGUCUCAACCACACAGUACAGCCCAGUGAUAUACGAUGGGAACAUCUACCAUUACGUGCCCUGGUACAACACCAAGCCCGUCGUGGCCGUGACCUCCUUUUGGGAGGACGUCAGCUUCCGUAUGAACUGCCUCAACCUCCUCCAAUUCACGCGGGAUCGCCUGAAGGCCAAUCUGGACACCCUGAAGUCCAUGAGGAAUCCGAGGGACCCGGCUCUGCUUCCCCAGUGGGAGAGACUGCUGAGGGAGCUGGUGGAAGACUGCAAGCGGCCGCUGCCCUGCAUGACCAGUCAGCCCAAAGCCACCGACCUGGACAAGAACAGGUGGAAGCUCCGCCGCCUCCUUCUGCAGGAACUGGCCCAGAAGGCCAAGCAGGCGCCCCCCAGGGACAUGGUGGCCACCGCAGAGGGCUGGCUGUACCGCCUCAACGCCGUGCUCCCCGAGCCGCAGAUGAACCUCCCGGACGUGAUGAUCUGGCUGAUGUCCCGGGAGCAGCGGGUGGCCUAUGCUCAGGUGCCCGCCCACAGUGUCCUGUUCUCCCCAGAUGGGGCCCGGCACUCCGGCAGGUUCUGUGGGAAGACACAGACCCUAUUCCUGCAGUACCCAGAGGGAGAAGGAGAGAAGGACGCCCUCCCCGGCCAGCUCCGGGUCUGCAUGUGGCUGGGCAACGUGACAGACAGCAGGGACCUGGAGCUGCUCCGCCAGGGCGAAGUGGUCGUGUAUGCAGAGACGUACGAGAACCAGGCCAAGUUUAAGGGCCAGUGGGGACAACAGUUCCUGCAACACUGCCCCAACUUCUCGGAUGUCUUGGGGCACAAGGCCCUUCCCAAGGAAGAUUUCAAAGAACCCCAUGGAUGGCACUGGGACGGUCCGUGGACAGUGGAGCCUCAGAGGAGGCUGCUCCUGGACACGGACAUCAACAAGAGCCAGGUGCUGGAGGAGGUGUAUGAGAACCAGCGCCGGGAUGCCGUGGGGGCCUGGGUGCCUGCCGCCAUCCCCAACACGGAUGUGAAUGGAGAGCCCGUGGAGGCCCGGGAGAUUGUGAAGUGCCCCCAAGGCUGGCAUGUGAAGCAAACCUGGGCUGUGGAGCUGAACCAUGCAGUGGACAACGAGGGCUGGGAGUAUGGCGUGGGCAUCCCACCCUCGGGGCUGCCCAAGGUCUGGAACUCGGUGGAAAAGACCUACUACUCACGCCGGCGCCGGCGCUGGGCACGAGUGCGCUACCGGGACCACGGGAGGCUGAGCCACGAACAGGAGACCCUCUCCUUCCUGCAGCUGCACCACCCCGGCCUGGCUGAGGACGAGGCAGGCUGGGAGUACGGUGUCUUCGGCUCCAAGUUCCACCUGAACCCUGAGCCCCAGAGCCGCUUCCGCCGCCGCUGCUGGCACCGCAGGCUGGCCCCCAACAAGGUCAAGGGCAUUGCACCCAUAUUCCUCCUGGAGGGAUCCUUGAGCACAGAUAUGAAAGAGCAGGCGAGGAGGGAGGUGGACAUGGUGUCGUCCACACGGAGGCUGGACAGAAUCAUGAGUUCUCGGAGGGCGCCCCCAGGGAUCACCCAGACGCCCAGCCUGCCCUUCAUCUACUGCGUCUUCAACAAGCCCCACUGCUACCAGCUCUUCUGCUACAUCUACCAGGCCCGGAACCUGAUGUCCAGCCGCGUCCAGACAUUCCAGGGGCCCUUCAUCAGGCUGGUCUUCUUGAACCACAGCCAGUGCACCCAAACCCUGAAGAGCUCUGCAGCCCCCACAUGGGCCCAGACACUCAUCUUUCAGCACCUCCUUUUGUACGAGAGCCCUCAGGACACCAGAGACAGCCCGCCAUGCGUGGUGUUGGAACUGUGGCAGCGGGACCCCCAGGGCAGUGAGACACUGUGGGGACGGAGCAUGUGGCACCCGGUGGUCUGGCUGGACGCCCAAGACCGGAUCCUGCCCCCCAUGAGGUGGCACCCCCUUGUAAAAGGGCUGGAGGACGAAGAGGGCGAAAUCUUGGCGUCCUGUGAGCUGAUCCUUGAGACUGAGGUGCUAGGAGAGGGGACCAGCUGGGAGCAGCUGCCCAUGUUAAGUGUGCCCUGGAAGAACGGCAUCUACAUCCUCCCCAAGAGCAUCCAGCCCACGCUCCGGAAAAUGGCUAUUGAGAUGCUGGUCUGGGGCCUUCGCAACAUGAAGCAGGCGCGCUCGCCCCGGCUCCUGGUGGAAUGCUGGGAGGAGUGCCUGCAGACGGAGCCCAUCAGGGACUUCCAGACCAACCCCAACUUCGCCCAGUCCGCCCUCCUCCUCACGCUGUACAUGCCUACGGAGGAGACCUUUGCGCUGCCCCUGGUGCUGAAGGUGGUGGACAAUCAGGACUUCGGCCAGGAGACCGUGGUGGGUCAGGCCAACGUUCACUCUCUGCAGCCCUACUUCUGUGACCCCUGGGCCGAGGACUACGUGCCUCCACGGCCCCCAACGCUGUCGGUGAAAAAGUACCAGGAGCUCCUAGGUUACCUCUGUGAGAAGUUCUGGUUCAAGUCCAGCAAAGCUGAGGACGAAUAUGACCAGGAAGUAGACUGGUGGAGCAAGCUGUUCUGGGCCACGGGAGAUGCUCCCCAGACCUUGAAGUACAAGUAUAAAGACUAUCACACCCUGAAGGUGUAUGACUGUGAGCUGGAGGCUGUGCCAGCCUUCCAAGGCCUGCAGGACUUCUGCCAGACCUUCAAACUCUACCAGGAACGGCCCAGGCUGGACAGCCCUGUGGUAGGGGAGUUCAAGGGCCAGUUCCGCGUCUACCCCUUUCCUGAGAACCCGGAAGCUCCCAAGCCCCCUCGCCAGUUCCCGCUUUGGCCUAAGAAAGAGGACUUCCCCCAGCAGUGCCUGGUGCGGGUGUACAUGGUGCGAGCCUUCCACCUGCAGCCCCAAGACCUCAACGGCCUGUGUGACCCUUACGUGAUCCUGAAACUGGGACAGACGAUGCUUGGCAACCGGGACAAGUACCAGCCCAACACUCUGGACCCCAUCUUUGGCGUGAUGUUUGAACUGAGCUGCACCAUCCCCCUGGAGAAAGACCUAGAGAUCCAGCUCUAUGACUUCGACCUAUUCUCACCUGAUGAUAUGAUUGGAACCACAGUCAUUGACCUGGAGGACCGACUCCUGUCUGGCUUUGGAGCUCGUUGUGGGCUCUCCAAAUCCUAUUGCCAGUCAGGGCCCUUCAGGUGGCGGGAUCAGAUGCCCCCAAGCUUGCUCUUGGAGCACCAUGCCAAGCGAAAGGGACUACCGCCGCCUCUCUUCAGCCCUGAGGGUGACUCUGUUUAUUACAACGGGAAAAAAUUCGAACUGCAAAGCUUUGAACUCAAGCCCCCUAGAGCACGCUUCCUGGGAUCUAAGAAAGAGCGCCUGGCUCUGUACCUUCUGCACACCCAGGGGCUGGUACCCGAGCAUGUGGAGACCCGCACUCUGUACAGCGACAGCCAGCCGGGCAUCGACCAGGGAAAGGUGCAAAUGUGGGUGGACAUCUUCCCCAAGAAGCUUGGGCCUCCCGGCCCCCCAGUCAACAUUGGGCCCAGGAAACCUAAAAGGUAUGAGCUCCGCUGCGUUAUCUGGAAAACCACCCUCGUGGACCCGAAGGAAAAGAGUUUAAGUUACGACAGGAUAAAUGACAUCUAUGUCAAAGGGUGGCUAUUCGGGCUGGAGAAGGACAUGCAGAAGACGGACAUCCACUACCGCUCGGUGACGGGGGAGGGCAUCUUCAACUGGCGGUUCACCUUCACCUUGGACUACCUAGCAGCAGAGCACGUGUGUGUCUUGAGCGAGAAGGACUACAUAUGGAGCCUGGACCCCACGGUGACGAAGUUCCCAGCCCGGCUCAUCAUCCAGGUCUGGGACAACAACAUCAUCUCCACGGAUGACUUUCUAGGGGUCCUGGAGCUGGACUUGUCGGACAUGCCCCUCCCGGCCCCGCACUCCAGGCUGUGCUCUGUGAGGAUGCUGGAGGCUGACCCCAAGUGGCCCCACUUCCUCCAGCACAAGCACUCGUCUCUCUUUAAGAUGAAGAAUGUGGCUGGCUGGUGGCCUUGCCAGGUUCUCGAUGGUGGCAAAUGGCGCUUGUCGGGUAAAGUGAAGAUGACCCUGGAGAUACUGACAGAGAAGGAAGCCUUAAUCAAGGCGGCAGGACGAGGCCAGUCAGAACCCAACCAAUACCCUACACUCCAUCCUCCCUUACGUACCCACACCCUGUUCAUGUGGUUCCGGUCACCCAUUGGGAAAUUCAUCCGUGUAGUCUGGAGACGCUACCGCUUCAGAAUCAUAGCCACCGCCAUCAUACUGCUCAUAGGGCUUCUGCUGUUCAACUUUAUCUAUUCGGCUCCGAACUAUUUGGCCAUGAGCUGGAUCAAACCGGAACUUCGGCUGAAUGCCCCCAUUCAAAUAUACGCCAAUAUCAUCAACGCACCAAACACCACUAGUGCCAACUCUUCCAACCUCACCACUCCCCAGCAGAGCCUGAAACCUGCAACGGCCCUUAGGCUGAAACACCUCCAGGGACACGUGACGCACCUGCGGGAUAUUCUUCCAGAACUUCUGGCCCCACAGAACUAA